GCUGCCCGUAUACAAAACACGACAAUGGCAGCCUCCUCGUCAGGAUACAGUAAUAUGCUCUUCAGGCUGAAGAAAUAUGGUAGUAAAACACAAAGUUUGUAUCAUAUUGAUACUUUUAAUUUUAUAAUAAGGAGAAUAUGGACGUCGGAGUCUAAAAAUCAAAUUCAGUCGAAAGUAAAGACUAAAAGUCUUCCUCAGAUGGUUGGUGUUGUUGGUCUGGAAGUCCAUGCUCAGAUUCACUCCAAAUCAAAGCUCUUCUCUGGAUCUCAUGUUAGAUUCUUGGCUCCACCAAACUCACUUGUCUCACAUUUUGAUGCAUCAUUACCAGGAACACUGCCGGUGCUGAACAGGAGAUGUGUGGAGGCCGCUGUAAUGACGGGUCUUGCUCUCAACUGUACCAUCAACAGAAAGUCACUGUUUGAUAGGAAACACUAUUUUUAUGCGGACAUGCCGGCAGGCUAUCAGAUCACUCAACAGAGGCUGCCCAUAGCAGUGAAUGGCAUUCUGGUCUAUAGUCAUUUUGAAGGUCGCAGAAGGAACCAAGUGCUGAGCAAGAGUGUGAGAAUUAAACAGAUCCAAAUAGAGCAAGACAGCGGAAAGAGUCUUCAUGACGAUGAACAGAAUCAGACGCUUAUAGAUCUCAACAGAGCAGGUGUAGGUCUGGUGGAGCUGGUGAUGGAGCCGGAUAUGUGUUGUGGAGAUGAAGCAGCUGCUGCCAUCAGAGAGCUCCAGCUUAUCCUGCAAGCCCUUGGCACCUGUCAGGCCAACAUGGCCGAGGGUCAGCUUAGAGUUGAUGCUAAUGUGUCCGUCCAUCGACCUGGUGAUCCUUUAGGAGUGAGAACUGAGGUCAAAAACAUCAACAGUGUCAGACACCUGGCCAAAGCCAUAGACUAUGAGAUCCAGAGACAGAUGGAGCUUCUCCAGAGUGGUGGGAGGGUUCUUAAUGAGACUCGUGCCUUCGACAGCAAAUCUGGUUACACUGUUCCAAUGAGGGAUAAGGAAGGCCUACAGGACUACAGGUUCAUGCCAGAGCCCAACCUGCCCCCUCUGUUUGUUUAUGAAAGUAAAGCCUCUGUGCCUGCAGACACUGCGCAUGACCAGGUUGUGGUGAUUGACAGGCUGAGGGACCAAUUGCCAGAGCUGCCAUCCAUGAGGAGGGCACGGCUUGUGGAAACGUACGGCAUCCUGCUGGAGCACAGCUUUACGUUGGUGAAUGAGGAUGGGCUUAUGAACUACUUUGAAAGUGUUGUUCAGAUGACCAAGACAGAACCGAGGAAAGUGAUUGGUUGGGUGAUAAAGGAGCUGAUGGGAAAUCUAAAUCUUCAGGGUCUUAAAGUGUCUCAGAGUCCCAUCUCUCCACAUGCUCUUUCUGAGCUGAUCAAUCUUGUUGAAUCUGGUCACAUCUCUUCUUCAGCUGCCAAGCAGGUUUUCCAGGAGAUGUGGAAGGUUCCAGAGAAGACGGCAGGUCAGAUAGUAAAGGAACUGGAUUUAUGGAUGAUAAAUGACAGAGAUGAGCUAUGGAGGAUCUGUCAGGGGGUUGUAGACCGUCAUCCUGAGGAGGUUCAGAUUAUCAGAAAGGGAAAUAAGAAAGUUUUGAACAAACUGAUGGGUGAGGUUCAAAAAGAGACUAAGGGCAGAACCGACCCUGUCCAAGUCAGAGCAAUUCUGGAAGACAUGACAUCAUGAUCUACUCAAAGUAUCAAUGCGUGACGGUGUAUACUGAACCAGCAACUCCAUGGACUAGUGGAAUUUACAUAAUGUUUGCCUUCUCACAAUUAUCAUUGAAGUUAAAAUCCUUUGUACAGUUGAAAAUUCACUAUACUGUAAGAUUGAGAGCUAAACAGCUUUAAUGCCAUGUUGUUAUUAUUAAACAUGAAGAUUGUUUUAUUCGAAAUGGCUUGAUAAUGUUGUCAAAGAGCUGUUGUGUAAUAAACAAUUGUUGAUGUCAUAA